AUGGAAGAAAAUCCAAAUAAUAUGACUAGCCAGGAAACAACUUCUGACAGAAAUUUCCGUCGACGCACUAGAUAUGCACAAAUGUCACCGGAGAGAAAACAAUUGCUUUUAUCCCAACUAAGAGAAAAAAGGGCUGAAUCAAAACGACAAAAAAACCUUCACCAAUCAAAUAGUACUGCCGCUCUUACAAUUAGCACUUCUUCUUCAGUUCCUCAACAAGCAAAAAGGUUUCAGUAUGAAUCACCCGGUUUUUGUUGUGAUAAUGGAUCAAUUAAACUAAGCUCUCAUAACAUGCCUACUGACUUGCGAAAUUUCUUCUUGGGUGAUUCCAAAGAAUGUCAACAUUUUCGCACUUACAGUAGAGCCUACAAUAAUAUGUUUGCCUUCACUUCACUUGGAGUACAUUAUGAUAGAGAAUUAGCAAAGAGAAAUCAUGGUAUUUACACAUUUAGAGUCCAAGGACAAAUGUAUCACUUCAUUGAUGAUUUGAUACCCUCAACAGGAAAAGCAACAAAUUUACAGUUAUAUUUCUAUGAUAAUGAAAAUGAGCUAACAAAUGGAAUGACGUUAUCAGCUAAUCUUAAUGAGCUGAUUAUUACCAAGCUCAUGGAUAUGCUUACACUUAAUGCUUAUUCUACUUUUUUGAGAUCGUUAAUAGUUGUUCCAAAUUUAUUUGAAUUUUAUAUUGCUCUAAACUCAAGUUCCAAUUUAGACCAAAGAACAUAUAACUUACCAACUGCAUCCAAAGUUGGGGCAAUUUGGAUUGAAGAUCAAUUAAAUGAUAAAAUUCCCACACCACAUAUUCGAAUUUACACUCAUAGUAACAAAACCCAAUUGGUCAAUUACUAUUAUGGUUGUUAUGACCCAUUACAGUAUCCGCUAUUGUUUUCUUAUGGUCAAAAUGGCUGGCAUUGUGGUAUUAAAAAAAUCAACAACACAUAUACUUCUUCCAAAACAACAAACACUUCUGAAUAUGACCAACUACCAAGUGUAAAGAACAUCACUUCUAUCGAUAGACUCCUUCACAUCGAGUCUACUGUUUUAUCAAAAGGCUUAAGAGAAAGAGACACUGUUUCUUGUCGUGAAUAUUACUGUUAUAAAUUUCAAAUAAGAGAUGAAGAACCAAAUGAAACUUUACAUUCUGGAAGGCUAUUUCAACAAUACAUAGUUGACCAAUAUAUCAAACUUGAGACACAAAGAUUAGAUUUUGUUUCAUUUAAUCAAGAUCUCUUUAGAGUUGAAGCCUUUCAAGGAAUUAUUGAUUUAUUAAGGCAAGGAGAAAGAGAUGCUUCCAAUAUUGGCAGACAAAAAUUCCUUCCUGGUAGUUUUAUAGGAGGCCCAAGAGAUAUGCGUCGAAGAUAUAUGGAUGCCAUUGCUUUGGUACAACAUUUUGGAAAACCCGACAUAUUUUUGACGAUGACUUGUAAUCCUUGUUGGCCUGAAAUACAGGAACAUUUACACCCAAUGGAAGAAGUUCAAAACAAACCUGAUUUAGUUAGUAGAGUAUUCAGAGCAAAAGUAGAAGAACUUAAAACAGAUAUUCAAAAAACCAACAUAUUUGGAAAGAUUGCAGCUUUUAUGUAUACAAUUGAGUUUCAAAAACGAGGUCUUCCACAUGCCCAUUUUCUCAUUAUACUUACAAAUAGAUAUAAAUUGCUAACGCCACAAUCAUAUGAUCAAAUUGUAUGUGUUGAAUUACCUGAUCCUCAUAUUGAUCAUCAUCUAUACAAACUUGUGACCAAGCACAUGAUCCACGGUCCUUGUGGCAAUUUCAAUCCUUCAAAUUCUUGCAUGCAGAAAGAUGGCAAAUGUAAGUUUAAAUAUCCAAAGCAACUUACCGAGCAAACAACUAAUGGAAAAAAUUCGUAUCCUCUUUACAAGAGACCAAAAAUGAUCACACCAAUCAAAGUUAGAGGACACAACAUUGAUAAUUCUUGGACUGUCCCGUACAAUCCGUUUUUGCUUAAGAAAUUCGGUUGUCAUAUUAAUGUUGAAAUAUGUUCUGACAUUAAGGUUAUCAAAUACAUUUACAAAUAUAUUUGCAAAGGACAUGACAAAAUUGCAUUCUCUGUACAUAAUAAUGAUACUAAUGUAGAAAUAGAUGAAAUCAAAUAA